AGUGCUCUUUGCCUGGAAUAAUUACACAGUUAAAGCACUGCGGCCCAGUGUGUGGGAGAGGAGAGAGAGGCCUGCUGAAGUGGUAUCCGCUGAACCCGUACCCAUGGAUGUAACAAUGGAUCAUGAUUACUGUAGCAUUCCUGAGCCUUCUUCAUUAGACCUGGCAUGUGCUAAAGUAGACGAACUCUCUAAUGAAGUGGAGGAGCUGAAAAAACAGCUACAUGAGCUACACGUUCAGCGUGAUUUUGGAUUGGAGCGGUUUUUCGGCUCAGAUGAGGACAUCAGAUUUUACACAAGGUUUCCCAGCUACCGUCACCUGAUGUCAUUCUGGUGGCUAAUCGAGCCAUCCAUGCACAAAAUCAUUCGUGUGUCUAUAUCGAAAUCUGCUGCUAGAAAGCAUGAAGAUAUCACACGUGUACUGCCACCAUCAGAGAGACAGCUGCUGCAGCCAAUCGAUGAGUUUUUUCUUUUCCUUAUCUACCUGUCAGUUGGUUUAAAGGAGAGAGACCUGGCACACCGAUUUCAUAUGCAUCCUUCCACAGUGAGCAGAAUAAUUUCGACGUGGACAAACUACCUCUAUACACUGCUGGGAUCAGUGUGUGUGUGGCUUUCAGCAGCUGAUGUGAAAUCUAACCUCCUUGAAGAGUUCACGGAUUUCCCAGACACACAGGUCAUCAUUGACUGCACUGAGAUCAGAUGUCAAAUACUGUCCUAACCACUACUCCAAAGUGAAAUGUACUCAAAUUACAAAUCUCACUGCACAAUGAAAUGCCUCAUUGGAAUAGCUCCUCAUGGACCAGUGACAUUUGUCUCUCAGCUUUAUGCUGGGUCAAUGAGUGACAGGGAGCUCUUUAAACAGUGUGGGAUAACAAAAAGACUGACAGAAGACAUGGCAGUUAUGGUUGAUAAAGGCUUUCUGAUUAGUGACUGUGUCAGUUGCAAAGUGUACUGUCCACCGUUUCUCUCCAGGUUAAAGCAGAUGCCAGCACACCAGGUGAAAGAAACACAGGCAAUAGCAAGACUGCGUGUGCAUGUGGAACGUGUCAUCAGGAGGAUUAAACAAAACAAACUUUUUGAUUGUGUCAUCACACUUUCCCAAAGUGUUAACAUUAAUCAACUUUUUACAGUUGCAUGUAUGUUGUCAAAUUAUCAAAACAAGGCAUUAGUGAAGACAUGGAUCAAAUGAGAUCAACUCUUAUAUGACUGUUUAUCUUGAGUACUUGUAUGCUAUUUCACAUUUAUGGCUUACUUUAACUCAGUGAUCCUCAAAUCUGGCUCGCGAGAUCCACUUUCCUGCAUGCUAAUCAAUGUCUUUAGGAUCAUUAGAAAAUCACAGGCAGGUGUGUUUGAUUAUGGUUACCACGAAACUCUGCAGGAAAGUGGAUCUCGCGACCCAGAUUUGAGGAUCACUGCUUUAACUGUUACUAUUUCAUUGCCAUUUUUUAAGUUAACUCUGAAUCGGUUUAUUUAAAAAAAACGUAUGAGAAGAAAGAUAAAUGAAAUUUACUGUAAAUGAAACUGUACAAAUAAGAGAAUGGAAUUGAACAUAAGAAACAGACAUCAUACAAAUAAACAUUUAUUAACAGGUUUGAGUGUUGUUUUACAGAUGUAAUUUCUCUUUCUCUAAUUUCAGUUACUGUUUCAUUGACAAGUAUUUAGGCAUGUAUGUGUAAAAGUAAAAAUAAUCCACCUUCUCUCUAAUAAAUUUGUGCACUGAAGUGUCACUGUAGAUACGCUGGACAAAAUAAUCCUCCUGGGCCCACAGCAUGAAAUCACACCACUGCAUUCCUGAGACCAGUAGCUGUCCCUGCACUUGGUAAUAGUAUGCAUGGCCCUUUUUUAGGGUGAGAAACCCAUUGUCCAUUUGCAUAUAUUUGCAGUCAAUAAUGUUUUUGACAUUAGGACAUUUAAUUUCAACAAGUCCAAAUUGAGGACUGUCAGUUGGAUCAAAGACCACACCAUCAGGGGAUGCACCAAGCCAGGGAGCAUUUGGAUGGAUGAUUAAACCACAGGGUGAGUAGUUAACAUUUUUCAGUUUGCUGUAUUCCACGGUUACCUCUGACUCCAUUUCAGCACUCUUCUCAUCUCUGCCGUCUGUCGGCUUCCUCUGAUGAUUCUGUAAGGUCCAGACACUCGGCCCAAGGAAGGUAUCCGGUGCUGGAUGAAGGUUUCCUGCGUGUUCUGUCUUUCAGCGCGUAGUUAUUCAUUUUAGGUUAAACUCAAAUCUGACUCCAUUUUAUUAUUUAAUCUGAUUC